GAGGAGGAGAAGAGUCAGCUGAAAUCCAGAGGAGCUCGUUGAAUUGCGGAACAGUGAGUGGUAUGUUUGUUCAAGUAUCGUGGAAGAGCGGCGCAAUUCAGAGUCUCGAGACCUUGUUAUGACCAAGCUUAAUCCUAGGGUGGACUCGUUAUCUGAAGGCGCUAUUAACAUCAGAUUAGUGGGAAAGUCGUCGAAGUGAUCAACUUCAUGGGCGAUUCUAGACCUCUUCGGUAGUGUUUAGGGUCUUCAACAGAUUGACAAUGGUGCUGGGUUCGGCCCAGUAUAAGAGGCAAGAUGAUGAGGUUCCUAUGGAUGAAGACGUGACCUCGGUGGGCUCUGAUAGACUGUGUGAGGCACCGGAUGGCGGGCAUGUCCGGUUUGUGGACUCGACCAUCCGGUACCAUUUGGGGUCCACUUCAUAUUGGCACUCGAGGUCUGGGCUGGAGAAAGGGUUGAUCAUAGUGUGUCUGAUCCUGACUCUCUUCAGUGUGAUUAUGGUGGUGAUAGUGUCCAACAACGCCUCCGGGAAACAACUCUAUUAUCUGUCACACAACAAGCAAUCCAAUGCAACACCAGUGACAGAGACCCCAGAACCACCCAAGACUCUGUGCUUGACUGAGGAGUGCGUGAAAGUGGCGGGGACGAUCUUGUCCACAGCUGACCUCGCUCAAGAUCCUUGCGAGGAUUUUUAUCAGUAUGCUUGUGGGGGAUGGGAACGACUCAACCCGAUUCCAGAUGGCCGCACAUCGUGGAGUAUGUUUGAAAAAUUAUGGGAAGGCAACCAGCUUGUGAUGAAAAAUGCCUUGGAGGGCCCAACCACUGCGAAUAUGAGUGCGGCUGAGCUGAAAGCCCAUGACUACUAUCAAUCCUGCAUGGAUGAUGAAGGUAAAUUGGAAGAGGAAAGAGGCAAACCUCUGCUGGAGCUCGUGGACUCGGUUAAGAUUGGAGGGUGGCCAAUUAUGGACGAAACUCCGAUUGGAACAAUGAAAAACAUCGCCACGUUUCAAAACCGACUUCAAUACCUGCAACAUGAUUUCCAAGCCUCCGGGUUCUUCACGUGGAGUGUAGGGGAGGACGAUAAGAACUCUUCCAUUCAUGUGAUCCAGAUUGACCAAGGAGGCUUGAGCCUCCCAGCCAGAGAAUAUUACAAUCUACACGAUAAUUCGUCCAAGCCUGUGUUGGAGGCAUUCCGGGAGAUGAUUGUUGAGGUAGCAAUUCUGUUGAUCAAGGAUAAGGAAGAGAUCGAAAGCAUCCCUCAACCGCGAGAGGACGCCAUCAGACAACGAGCCCAAGGAGUCGUGGAUUUUGAGAUUCAAUUGGCCAACAUAACCAUUCCUAGUGACCAAAGGAGGAGCGAGGAGACCCUCUACCACAACAUGACUGUAGGUGAGCUGCAGAAGAUUGCCGCAUUCCUGAACUGGACCACGUUCUUCAGCAACGUGUUCGGCAAGGUCGGUCGUAAGAUCUCUGCCAAGGAAAGAGUUAUUGUUUAUGCUCCCACCUACUUACGGAAUCUCACCAAACUCAUUCACACCUACAUGACCAAUGACUCGCUCCGCUUGGAUCUUGAGAACUAUAUGGUCAUGCAAGUGGUCAAGACCUACCGCACCGCACUCUCUAAGGAUUACCGCCAAACAGGCAAGGGGCUAGAGAAGGCUCUUUUGGGCAAGGAGAGCUUUCCUGAGCGUUGGAGGGUCUGCGUCAGUGACACGGACUCUGUCAUGGGUUUUGCCCUUGGGGCCAUGUUCAUUCGGGACUCUUUUGACGUCAAGUCCAAGCCGGAGGCUCAAGAAAUGAUUGACGGAGUCAAGGAGGCAUUUCGAACGCGUCUCAAGACCCUGAAAUGGAUGGACGAGGAGACUCGGGUGGCAGCCUUAGAGAAGGCGGAUGCUAUUACGGACAUGAUUGGCUACCCCGACUUCAUCUUGGAGGAAACCUCGCUCAACCGGAAAUAUGAGAACUUGAGUGUGGCCGCCGGCGAGUACUUCAAAAACAAUCUUCGCUUCCACGACUACGUCUUGCGGGAGAACUUGGCCAAGCUGGACAAGGCAGUGAACCGAACCAAGUGGAGCAUGUCACCGCCCACAGUCAAUGCCUACUACACGCCCACGAAGAAUCAGAUUGUGUUUCCAGCGGGCCUCCUGCAAAUACCUUUCUUCAACCUGGACUACCCUCGGAGCCUCAACUACGGGGCUAUGGGCGUGGUGAUGGGUCACGAGCUUUCACAUGCGUUCGACGACCAAGGUCGGGAAUAUGACGAAAAAGGCAACAUGCGGAAUUGGUGGAACAACAAGACCUUGUUCGAGUUCAAGCGCCGCACCUCCUGCAUGGAGCACCAAUACUCGACCUACAAUUUGGGAAGCACAGACACCAUCAGUGGCACGAAAACACUGGGCGAGAACAUUGCCGACAACGGCGGCCUCAAAACAGCUUACUAUGCCUACCAGCGGUGGCUCGAGAGGGAGACACUACAUGAGCAGCCUCUUCCGGGAAUCAACCUUACUCACAAUCAGCUCUUCUUCCUCUCGUUUUCUCAAGUGUGGUGCUCCAAGCAGACCCCUCAGGCUAAGAAGCUGCAGCUUUUGGACGACCCGCAUUCUCCCGCCAAAUUUCGAGUCAUUGGCGUUCUGUCCAAUUCAAAGGAAUUUGCGGAAGCGUUUCAUUGCAAACCCGGGACAACCAUGAACCCGGAGGACAAAUGCGAAGUCUGGUAAAUGGAAACAGUCUUAAGUGGACAGGGAGAGCUGUGACGAGGCAAGCCAAAAGGAACAAGGGAAAAAAGCAAAAAAAGCAAGAUUAUCUUCGUUAAAUGUUAUUAGUCACCUCCAGUAUUAGUUUGCUUUUUUAGAACGAUCUAUUACUCACUUUGUCUGUGAUGUACCCUAUCUCUUAUGAAAUGAAUGCUUUAGUUGUUGGAUUUUACAUUUUCUCAAUGCCCAAGCGGUUUCGGUCCAAUCAGAAACACUCGAGCCGUCUCUAUUUUUCAAUUCGUGCCAACCUCCUUCCUGCUGUAUUUGUCAUCAUUGUAAGUGUCUCUAUCAAAUAAAAAAGAAAGAAACAAAAAUAAAGAACGAAAUCCGACCCUAAGUUUAAAAUACAUCCAGACCGAACCA